GUGGAGCCGUCUAGGCGGCAAGCAGGCCACAAGUGUUCAAAUUUUACUCCGAAAAAAGUUUCGUUGUCUCGCUCUCGCCUCCUCUUCCUCAUCCCAUCCCCUUCCCGCUCUCCCCUCCUCCUCGGUCCCGCGCGGCGAAGGUCCGGGAGCAGCCUUCGGCGGCCUGUCUCCGCGGUGGGUGGUCUUCCUCAGGGCUCGGCUCCGGUCCCCGGUCAUACCUCCGUGUCCUCUCUGGAGCGGGGCGUCCCUCCGGGGUCUCGUCGGGCGAAGCUAGGGUUUCGCCGCCUUGGGGUCUGGGGGACGGCGAGAUUUAGAGUUUCGAACUCCGUAGGGACCCGGAUCGAAUCCAGUGAGUUCCUCUGAAGAUCGCCUACAUGAGAGGGGUUUAAAUUUUUCAAGAGGGAAGAUUGAACUGGAUAGCUGCUGCUGAGUAUUGGAAAACAAUGAAAGCUGAUCAGCAGCACUGUAAUGCAACUGACACAGGAGCAAAAACCAAACUUGGUUGCAAUAAGCUGCAAAGCCUGAAACCUAACACUCAUAUCAACAAAUCGUCAGGCAAUAUUGCAGAGAAAUGCAGAAUGGGAGCUUGUUUCUCACCUGGCCAAUCAUAUACGGAAAGUGAGAUAUCAUUAAAGACCGGCAGUCUUAUGGGAGCACCAUUCAGCGAUUCUAAGAAGUUAUCUGCUCGGCCACUAAAUCACUCUGGAAAGAUCAAGCUUCAACUUUUCCCAAUAGAUGAGACCAUUCAAAAGAUUUUGCAGCAAGAUAAACGCAACCCUUACCUGGAAUUGACUUUGACUCCUCGAAAAAAGAUAUCCUCAGUUGUGCAGCAUCUGAACAGAAAAUGGGGUAGUUCUCAGUGUGCAAAAGGCGAGCUCAUGCUCUUCCCUUAUGAUGCUAGACUAGAUAGCAUAACUGGCAGUGAAAAGUGGACUCUUCAGGAUUCUUGCACGGCUGCUGAUGUGCAUGUUGCAGUUGGCAGCCCUUCUACAUUUCGUUUAAGGUAUGGUUGGUUUGAGCUCAAUUUGAAGCAACAAAGUAGUGGAUCAUCUUUGGCACCAGUGCACUCUAUAGACAACACUAUUGGCAACACGCCUUCAGAUCUUGUUUUCAGUGAACAGAAACAUAUGGUUGGUUCCAGUGAAUUCCCAAGUAACUUUGUGGCACCAUCCAUUGUGGAUAACACUAAUACAGUACAAGCAGUGGAUAAUCAAAGCAAAGUGGCACCACUUUCAUGGAUUGACUGCAUAUCAAAUAUAAGUUUCGGAGCACUGUUAUCUGAAGCUGCACCUUCUCAAGACAGCAAACAAUUGCCUUCACAAAAUAACUUGAGUCUCCAGCAGAUACCUGUUACAUGUGAUUCGUUUGAUGCUGAUAUUGCUUCUCUGAUUGCUCGCCAGCAAGCAAGUAACCAGCCGAGGGUGUCAAAUCCAUCCCUUUGGGACGCCGAAGAAACUUGUCAUGCAUUUGCCUUCCAGAAUCAAACUUCAAAAAGGACAUCAACUUCAGUUCCUGGCAACAGUGGUGCUACUAUUAACUCGUCUGUCCUGGGUGCAAUUCCAGAAACUGGCACAGAUGAUGAUCAGCAAUGCUCUACUAAAGGUGGGAAAGAGGAACCAAACACUUGGACACCAGUGUUGACCAAUGGUCAUAAUGCAAAGCCAGAGAUCCCAAUGCAUGAGUCCUCUGGCAACCCAGAGCUUGGAGCAUCUUGCUCUAGACUCUUGAGUGGAACCGACAGUUUAGGGCUAAGCAGUUUACUCACAAACAGCUUGGAUGCAUUCCAGAACUUCUCUGUUUCCUGAAGCUCAGACAACCAUAUGGAAGAACUAGGGUUAUACAGUACGGACGAACUGAAGGUAUAGGUUCACCGGAUUUCUGCUUCAUUGAGAGAUUAUUUUGGGCUUGCUGAAGCCACUUCUUCUUCUGUAGAUAAAUUACAGAUCGCAGUCAGCUAGUCAUGUAAACAUUUUACUAAUUGCUAGUUUGCUAAUUGUAUAUUCUGAAAUUGCCAAGAAUCUGUUUGUAUUGGCUUUUAUCAUUUUCGUCGCAUCCGAUUGCAUUUUGUCCGAGUAUUGUACACAUUUGCUCUUGGGAACAUUGAUCAACCGAGGUAAUAGUGCAAUAACAAGUGGCAAUCUGACUCUUCAGCUGAA